AUGGCACCCCAGUAUCUGAGCCUUGUGAAGCUGCUCUGCCUCCUAGGGGCCAUCUUCAUUUUGCCUCGAGCUGGGGCUCUUUUGUGCUACGAAGCCACCGCCUCACUCUUCAGAGCCGUUACCCUACAUAACUGGAAAUGGCAACUGUUGAGAAGCAUGGUGUGCCAGCUGAGGGAAGGCUGCGAGGAGACACUACUAUUCAUUGAGACAGGGACCAAAAGAGGAGUUGUGGGUUUUAAAGGCUGCACCUCAGCCUUAUCUUACCCCCCACAAAUGUCUUACCUCGUUUCACCUCCUGGAGUGUCUGUCGCCUCCUAUAGCCGAGUCUGCCGGAGCUAUCUCUGCAAUAACCUGACCAACUUGAAUCCAAUUGUGAAACUCAAGGCCAACACUGUUACAUCUAAAGAAUUUUCUUCCAAUAAUUGCCCAACCUGUGUGGGCAUGCACACUGAGGAUUGCCUCCCAAAUUUUAUAAGCGUUGAAUCUUGCCCGCAGGAUGCCACUGUUUGUUACAGUUCCACCUUAAAAUUUCAGGCAGGCCUUCUGAAUAGUACCAUCCUCCUUAUGGGCUGUACCCACUAUCACCAAAGGCUUUUAGUAGAUUUCCGGACUGUGGGGAGUAUCCGAGUGACUGAGGUUCGGAAUGUCUUAGAGAGAGCUCAGAUUGUGAGUGCGGAGUCCUCCAGACCAGGUCCUGCUUGUGGCCUCCUCUUAGGCCUCCUGCUUGCCUUCAGGGACUGA